AUGGAUAAUUUUUUUAUUCGCCAUACAGAAAGAACAUGCAUUGGCACUGAAGAAUGGAUGUAUAGCAAAGGCUAUAUAAUGAAAAAUGGUGGGAUACACGACUUCACAUGCAGAAAAGUUCUUGAUGUUCCGUUUACUGUGAAGUAUUUAUAUGCUUUGACAUUUGAGUAUCUACUGAUCGACGAGUCGGAUACAAUAUAUCUUGCAAACAAAAGCACGCUUGAAAUACAGGAGAUUGGAAAAGUAAGUGGUGUAAUUGUGCUUGUGAGUAUUUCCAGAGACGAAAAGUGGUGUGUAGUUGUGACACAUGCAGAAAUACUUCUGUUUGAUGCAUAUAUUGAGUUCAAGAAAUCUGUUAAAAUGGAGUUUGAUGGAUUGAUUGGCAUUGAGUGGACAGAUCAUGAUGAUUUUGCAUUGCUAACUGCAAACAGAGUUUAUUUCUAUGAUAUAUCAUUAAAUAUAGUCGGAAGAAGCAAGGAAAGGGAAUAUUCAGGAAUAACAUGGAGGACGAAGUAUAACAUUUUUGGAUGUGCAUCUACGGAAGGGAUUGUUUUUGUCGAACCGAAUGGGCUAGAGCAUGGAGAUAUCAUUGAAGAGGUCUGCGAUGAAGUUUUCUUUGUUGAGGAUCUUGACAUUGUCCUGGCAAUGAAGCAUGUGCCUGAGGGAUCGGUUUUAAAGGUGCUAUACAUGAAAAAUUUCCAUUGGUAUCGAAAGUCGUCAAUAGUUGUGCCUGGACGAUUUGUUUGUGUGGAGCAAAAUACGGUGCUAUUCAAGGAUAAGCAAUACAUGACAAGAGCAUACAUAUUUGGCGAAAAGACGUGCUUUGGAUCUGAAUACUAUGUGGUGGAUGGAGCGAAUGUGCUUUACACCGACUUUUCGAAAAGGAUAAUUCCUCCGCCUUUGUUUUCAAGGAUGAUUGAAUGCGAUGAGGAAGUAAUUGAUGUAUCUGCACAUAAGAAUGGAGGAGUAAUAUUACAGUUGAGCAAAAUGAAGGUGUUUAGUAUUUGUGAAACAGAAUACAGAGAAGAAAGGGUGUUUCCACUGGACAAGAGAUUUGAUUUUGUUGUUGCUUUUGAUAGAUUUGUGGUGUUGAAGCGUGGCAGUGAAUUUGUUUUUAAGUCGGUUAAUGGGGAAUACGAGGUGGAGAUUGAUGUAACAAGCAUUGUAAAUGAUAAGAUAAGAACAAUAGAGUGUAAAGAGGAGAUCCAAAGGAUUGUAAAAUGCCUGGAAGUGGCGUUGAAUGAGUAUGGGGCUUUGAAUAUAGCAAAGAUGUAUAAUCUCAAUGAAAAGCUGUGCAUGGUACUUCAUGAUGGAAGGAUUAUUUAUGAUGGAAGAGCUGAAAAAGCUAUUAUAGAUAUAAGGCUGCGAUUUGAAGUUGGGGUUGAUAAUAACGGAGCAAUUGUUGUUCACAAUGGAUCAACACUAUCACGCGAAGGGAUCUUAGAGCAGGGAGUGGAUUCUUUUAUACUAGGAGAGUAUGGAAUGGCAAUCACGAUGGAUCGAGCAUGCAAGAUAACCUGUGGAGUGAAUGAAAGCACUUUUGAAGUUGAUCAAGGAUUGAAGCUGCUGUGCAUGCCCAAACCGAAGCUGAUUGGCGAAACAAGGCAUGGAACUCUUGAAACCUUUAUGCCGAAGAUAUAUAGCCUAGCAAGCGUGGAAAAGAUGAUAGAGCUAGGAGAGUAUGAGGAGGUUGUUGCGAAGUGCCGUAGACGUGUUGUUCCGUUUUCCAUUCUAACAGGCCAUCGGAUCGAUCUUAGAAGGCUUGUUUUAUGCUCAACAAACAAUGAUUUGGUGUGCUUUUUUAAUGAAGCUUUCGGAAGAAUGAAUGGCUUUGAGUUUAUACUGGAGAAUGAAAAGAUUAAGAGAUUGCGAAGAGUGGUUAAUUGCGACACAGUAGUUAGCUUUUGGAGGGAGAAGAUGCAUGGCAGGCCUGAUAGGAGCAUUAAAAGAGAAGAUUUUGAUGUGCGCAAUCGUCUUAAAGCACGCUUUGAGGAGAUGAUAUGUAAUGACGGGGCAAUCGGACCGAGUUCGAUAGGGCAUCUUAUUGGAGAGAUGUGUGAUAAUGAGGUUGCUUGUGGAGGGAAUCGGUCUGAGAGUAAAGGAGACAUAUGCGGCAGGAGUGCAAGUGUAUUUUUGAACGAGCUCCUGUCUGCUCUGGAUCUGGAGUACAACUUUGAGUUUGCUAUUUUUUUGCUAGUGAAAAUGAAAAGAAUGGACCUAGCAUUUAGAGUUGCAAAAAGCAAUAUUCAAAAAGGUGUAGAGUAUAUGCUGACGAUUACUACGGUAAAAAAUGUGGUUGAGCAUGCAAUGAAAACAUGUGAUGAGAACUUAGUGGUUGAUGUAAUGAAGAUGUGCAAGAAGGAUGCAUCUGAUGUUAUAGAUGUGAUACGUGGAAGCUCUAUAGAGAUGCAGCGAUUCCAAGUAAAUGAGUACUUUGAAAGUAGAGUGGAGGCUCUUUAUUAUCUUAGCAGGUAUGGAACAGAGGAUGCAGAGGAAGAAUACAUCAAGAGGCAUCAAUUGAUAGACGAGGCAUUGAUAUACGAAGUAUGUGGAAUAAGUAAUAGGAGGUUUGGCUUUUAUUAUGAGAUUUGUGCAGAGAUGUGCAAUGCAAAGGAUGCAUAUAUUCUUUACUUAAUGGCAACGAAUUUCAAGAUGGGACUUGAUACUGCUGUAAAUAAUCUGCUUUGGAGAGAAGCAGUAUUGAUAUACAAAUAUAUGGUUCAGGAGAACGAAGCUGGCAGUGCAUACGAGCUGAAUGAUGUGUUUUACGAAAUGCUUGCAAAGCGAUUGAUAGAUUCUAGCAUGCAUUUUGAGGCAGGCCAACUGAUUGAGGAAUGUAUCGGAGAUAAGCCAAGAGCAUUUGAAGAAUAUGUCAGAAGCAAAAAGAUGCGAGAUGCAUAUAGAGUAUGCACGAAUGGCAAUGAUAUCAAAAAGGAGGCACGGAAAUGUCUUUUGGAGAGUUUACUGGAUCUUGAGGAUAUAAAAGAGUCGUUUAUAAAGUACACUACUAGAUUCAGGUCUAUUGAAGAGCGAAUCGAUGAGCUUUUAAGCGACACAUCAUUUAGCUAUACCGAAGAAGGAUGCAGAAGCAGAAAGCUUAGGAGCAGGCCUGGGGGGAGAUAUGAAAGAGAAUUUGUCAUGAACAAGAUUCGAGAAAUUGCGUUGGAGCUGAUGAAAUGGAGAGACAGUACCGAAGAUCUUAUUGCUAUAUUCAAAAAUUUUGGAAUGAACGAUUGCAUAGAAGCCCAUGAUAGCUCGUUCAUUGAAUUAGGAAAAACGAUUGCAUCAGAAAUAGAACUAAUAUUUGAAGAUAGCAAAAGGCAGCUCUAUGAUAAAAAUCGGCCGAUUGUUGAAAAGCCGGACAUGAGCAGGUGGAUAUGA